AUGGAGGAGGCUGGUGGUGCUGCAUCCCCCGAGAGGUUGAGGUUCGACCCGUAUGAGGGGUAUGGGAUCAAGAAGCAGAUGAUGGUGAAGAUGGACCAGCGAAACAGCUACAUCAAGUGGCUGCUCGAGUGGGACAAGAAGCCCCGCCCUUCCCUGCCCAACCUGCCCGAGGAGUCCCGCGAGGGGUCUCGCGAGGCCAUGGACACCAUCAAGGCCGAGCGCGACCACCACGAGAGGGUCCUCGCCGACUUCAAGCGCGACGGCCACGCCUACGUCCAGAUCGAUGUCUUCAACGACGACGACCCAAGGACCAAACUCCCCGACGACCAGUACGACAUCCUCCACUAUGACAGCGACGAAGAAGCUUGA